AUUGAUGAACUAUGUUUGGUGUAAAGUUUGUGCGAGGUAUAAAACGGAAAUUACUUCUCGAUUAAAAGGAAAUGCGAAGACACCUGCGUUAGCGUUAUAAACGGUACAAAUGUGGUAACAAAAUACCAGGUGAGAGAUUUUAACAGUAAAAGGUUGUUUUGAUUUAUUUUUAUUUUUUCUAAUAUUUUAAUUGAUUUUAUAAAAAAAGGUUGAGGAUGGCUAGUGUAAACGUUGGUACUCUGAGAGGUAGAGCAGGUGAAGUAGUUGAAAUGUUAGAACGUAGAUCUGUUGGUAUGUGUUGUGUUCAGGAAGUCAGGUGGAGAGGAGCUUCAGUGAGAUUUGUGGAAGGUAGGAGGGCAAGGUAUAAGCUUUUUUGGAUUGGUAAUAGUGAUGGAUAUGGAGGAGUUGGCAUAUUCGUUGCAGAGAAGUGGGUAGAAAAAGAAAUAGAUGUUAUGCGUGUUAAUAGUCGUAUUAUAGUGAUAAAGUUUUUGAUAGGUAAUAGGAUUGUCACUUUUCUGUCAGUUUAUGCUCCACAGUGUGGACUCAGUGAGGAAGAUAAAGAUAAGUUUUAUGAUGAGUUAAUAGCAGUCACAUCAAAGUUUGGAGACACUGAACUUGUCAUGGUGGGCGGCGACUUUAAUGGUCAUGUUGGAAAGUUAUCUGAAGGUUAUAGAGGUGUGCAUGGAGGCUAUGGAUUUGGGAGCAGAAAUAAGGAAGGGGAGAGAUUGCUUGAGUUUGGAAUGGCAACAGACAUGGUGGUUUGCAACACAUCAUUCAGUAAGAGACAGAGUAGGCUGAUAACAUAUGAGUCAGGUGGUUGUAAGACACAGAUAGAUUACUUCCUGGUUAGAAAGUCAGACAAGAAAGUGGUGAAGGACGUGAAAGUUAUAUCGGGGGAAGAGUGUGUUUCCCAGCAUAGGUUGCUGGUUUGUGAUAUUAUCUUAAAGAGUGUUAAAGAAGCCAAGGGAAAGUACAGGCCCCGUCAAAAAGUCUGGAAGCUGAAGGAAGAGAUUGUAGCAAGACAAUUUAGUGCAAAAGUUCAGCAGUUAGCCCACAAUGGUCAAUGUGAUAGUGACAAUGUUGAAAGUACUUGGACUACUUUGAAGAAUUGUCUUCUAGAAUCUUCUGAUGAUACCUGUGGGUGGACGAAAGGACCAGCUACACAUAGACAGACCUGGUGGUGGAAUAAUGAGGUUGACCAGUGUAUAAAGGAAAAGAGGAAACUUUGGAAAGAGUGGAAGUCAGGUGGUAGUAAAAAUAUUUACUUAGAAGCUAAGCGUCGCGCUCGUACAGCAGUGUAUAAGGCAAAAUCAGAAGCAGAGAGAAACAGAUUUGCAGAUGUGUUAAGAAGGGAAGACCAGCGCAAUGAGGUAUUCAAGAUAGCAAAGCAAAUGAAGAAGACUAAUCAAGAUGUUGUAGGUGAGAAGUGUAUACGUAAUGAUGAAGGUGUUUUGGCUAGCACAAAGGAGGAGAAAAGGGUAGCUUGGAAGAACCAUUAUCAGAGGUUGCUUAACACUGAGUUUGAUUGGGACAAGGAUAAUAUGUCUGAUGAUGAUGUUGUAGAAGGGCCAGCUAUGCAGAUCAAGACAGAAUGGGUAGUGGAGGCUAUUAGGAAAUUGAAGAUUGGCAAGGCUGCAGGAGUAUCAGGUAUUGUUGCAGAGAUGGUAAAAGCAUCUGGAUAUAUUGGAGUUAAGCUUAUUACAAGUCUUGCUAACCAGAUUAUAAAGGAUGGUGCUAUUCCGAGUGAGUGGCAGUCAAGUGUAAUAGUGAAUUGUUUUAAGGGCAAGGGUGAUGCAUUAGAAAGGGGUAACUAUAGAGGUGUGCAUGGAGGCUACGGAUUUGAGAGCAGAAAUAAGGAAGAGAGAUUGCUUGAGUUUGGAAUGGCAACGGACAUGGUGGUUUGCACACAUCAUUCAGUAAAAGACAGAGUAGGCUGAUAACAU